GCGCCCGUGACGUAAUUUCGACCGCGUUGGAGCGCGAGGCUGGCCGAACGGAGGGGAGUGACGUGGCAGAGAGCCGACGAGGACUCCGGAAGCCGGGUGAAAAGAGGAAAAAGAGCGCCGCGCGCCCCGCCUCAGAGCUCGCUUAGCUCAGUUAGCCACGUUAGCUCGGCUCCAAGACCAAGUUGGUGGAGUUUCCCGGUUCGGCUGCUGACGGUGCCAUGGGCCUGACCAUCUCCAGCGUCUUCUCCCGGCUCUUCGGGAAGAAGCAGAUGAGGAUUCUCAUGGUUGGCUUGGAUGCUGCAGGCAAGACCACAAUCUUGUACAAACUGAAGCUAGGAGAAAUUGUCACAACAAUCCCAACUAUCGGGUUCAAUGUGGAGACUGUGGAGUAUAAGAACAUCUGUUUCACCGUAUGGGAUGUUGGUGGCCAGGACAAAAUCCGACCCCUUUGGAGGCACUACUUCCAGAACACACAGGGUCUCAUUUUUGUGGUGGACAGCAAUGACCGUGAACGAGCACAGGAGGCUUCCGAGGAGCUGCAGAAGAUGCUGCAGGAAGACGAGCUGCGGGACGCUGUGCUGCUUGUGUUUGCCAACAAGCAGGACCUGCCCAAUGCUAUGCCCAUCAGUGAGAUGACAGACAAGCUGGGCCUGCAGACACUGAGGAGCAGAACUUGGUACGUCCAAGCAACCUGUGCCACACAGGGGACGGGCCUGUACGAGGGGCUGGACUGGCUGUCGGACCAGCUCUCCAAGCGCUAAGUACACCCAGCGCUGAUGCACACGGAGCCCUGAGGUGUUUGCUGAACCAGGGACAUGAUCGACACCACUGAUCUCGACUUGGAAGACAAGAGCCCAGUUUUUGUUUGCAUUCGAUCAAUAUGGCAUUCAGAGCUGAGAAUGCUUGGCAGCACCCCCAGCAAACCUACAUGCCCUUUUCUUUUUUCCUUUAUGAACAUCUUUGCUGCCAAACAUUUAUACAUGUAUUGUUAUGCAUAUGUUGUUAUAUGCUAGUAAAGAAGACCAUACUUAAAUACAAAGUAACUGAACCAACAGCAUUUAUAUUGGUGUUUGGGGGCUUUUGGAUGUUUGAUAGGUGCAAUGUUUGUUUUAACAAUUUAUACAGCAGAUGCUUGUGGACCAAUAUGAGGACUUGUAUCCCCAGCACCACCCCCUUUCUGUUUAUCUUUUGAUGCUUUUCCACACAUGUUGUAAAUAUAGAGCCAGGCUUUCUUGCGUAGUUGUCAUGGCUGCUUCAAUACUUUUCUGCUCUGCUCAACAUCAUGUCAUGUAUUACUGGGUGCACCCCCUGCAACAGAGUCCUGUUUACACUGUUUAGAACAUGUUUUAACUUAUUAGAUCAGUUUCCAACUUCAACUGCAAAGGUUUUAGGAAUAUUUUUAUGUUCACAAUUUGAUCAAUUAUUUCAGCCAAAUCACCACCUUCAUUUCCAAUGGAAAGGUCCCUUUUUUUGUUUUUUGAAAACUUCCAAAUCUGAGCAUCUUUCUUGUCCUGUUUUACCAUAAUUCCUAAUAAAAUGAUUGAAGAUA